CACAUUUUUACGAACCAGCCGCGCCGACAAGGGCCUGCCUCGUUUGACGUUUGACGCACACACGAUCGACGACAAACAAACAAACCAAAAAAACCGUGCCUUCUAGAGCCGGCAGUUGGUUAAAUCCCUCCAUUGGCUUAGUAGUGUGUGUGUGUGUGCGUUUGAGUUUGUGUGUUGGUGGUGUGUCCAAAGCGACUAAGUGUGCCGUACCACACAACACAACUACAACUACAACAGCAGCAAAAACAACAACAACAGCAAAAAUCAUUCCCUUUUCCGAAUCGUACCGUCGAUUUGUGUGUGUUGUUAUGCAGCCGACGGAGCUCCCAGACGAGGACUUUAUGACGAAUCCUUCGCUGGCCAUGGACGCUUGUUUCACCGCUUUCGACAAGGAUGGAGAUGAUCGGCUUUCGCUGAACGAGUUUACGCUGAUCUGUCGGGCACUGUUCCGCAAUGAUAAAGGUCACAUCUACGUGGUGCCGUCCGAUCGACUGGAGCAGAUGUUUGCCGUGUUCGACAAGAACGAGGACGGCUACAUCGAUCGGGAGGAGUUCCAGUUCUGCUGGAAUCAGUGGAUCAAGACGAUCGUGCGCCCCAUUAGCGCCUUUCUCAUCGUGGACGUCCAGAACGACUUCAUCAGCGGUUCGCUCAACAUCAGCAACUGCAGCGCGCAGCAGAACGGGCUGGAGGUUAUCGAGCCGAUCAAUAAGCUGCUGGAUACGGUUGACUUCGAUGCGGUGUUCUACUCGCUGGACUGGCACCCGAGCGAUCACGUUUCCUUCAUCGACAACAUCAAACAGCGCCCGAUUCAUCCAACCAGCCCGCUGAAUGCGGACAAUGCGCAGGUUUACGAUACGGUCAUCUUUGCCGGACCGCCCCCGAUGAAGCAGCGGCUCUGGCCGCGCCACUGCGUGCAGGAUUCGUGGGGCUCGGAGUUACACAAAGAUUUGAAGGUCGUCGAGCACGGCGUGAAGGUGUACAAAGGCACCAACCCGGAGGUGGACUCGUACUCGGUGUUCUGGGACAACAAGAAGCUCUCCGACACGACACUGUGCGCCCAGCUGCGACUAAAGGGCUCGACCGACAUCUACGUGUGUGGCCUGGCGUACGACGUUUGCGUUGGUGCAACGGCCAUCGAUGCGCUGUCGGCCGGCUACCGGACCAUACUGAUCGACGACUGUUGCCGGGGCGUCGAUCUGAACGACAUCGAGAGCACCAAGCAGACGGUGAUUUCCAGCAAUGGCGUCAUCGUGUCAUCCCGCGAGGUCAAAGCCAUGGUCGAAGGACGGGAUCGUCGCCCGGAGCUGGGCUACAAGUUGGCGAUGGAGCUGAAAAAUUCCGAGUCCGACCUGUCGAAGAACAACGCCUGCAGAAGACAGUCCCAGCAGCAGCAGCAGCAGCAACAGCAGCAACCAUCACAGUAAACAGCGCCAGCCCCGUCGUCGUCCCGGUGGGCGCUUGUGUCUCUCCCAUGGCAACCGUUCGGAACGGGACGGGUCGGAAAGGAGAUUUGUGUGCGUUUCGCGGCUUUCUGCUGCUUGGGAGUGUGUGUGGCUGCUGUGCAUUAGUAUUAGUAGCCAACAUCAGUGCAGUGCGGAAAGCGGUAGAAAAGUUGAAGGUUAUUCUACCGUGUUCACCACCUUUCGCCACCUGGGUUUUGGUUGACCAAGGCUUCACCAAGGUUUACCUACACGCGCGCCACCUCACUGGUCCAGAACGCAAACGCUUACAAACUAGCACUACACACACACACAAGGGGGAAACAUUCCCCUUUCCCCCUCUAUCACUCUUUUCGCCGUAGGCAGCACACAUCAAUACACACACAUACACACACAUACACAUAGAAACAAAACAGCAGCGAAAGGGCGUAAAUGCUUCCGUGAGAGUCAUAAAGCUCCUUUCAUUCGAAUCCGUUUUAGCCAACCGUUUCCUAUUUCGGAAUCCGUUCUGUGUUGAUGCGUUUUUUCUUCUUCUCUUCACGGCCUCCCCCUGAUGUGUGUGUUUGCUUCCCUUUUGCUAACUCAUGCUCAAUAGCUGCUAGCCCCAAACCCGGCUAUGUUGCACCCAUUACCGUUUUAUUAGUUUCGGCUUUCUCUCUCUGUCUCUCGCAUACCUUUUUCCCACAUCUUUUUCCCUUCGUCUAUGUGCCCGGGAAAGCACAGCACCGCAUAGAACACAAAAAACACUCAAAUCAAACGAAACCAGACCGAACCGAAAGCCCAUUGCCAGGAAGGGUGUAGAGGGUUUUACGGAUCUGAUUUAACCGAACGACGUCCGUAACGGUUUCGGCUGGUCAUCGAAGUUUAUGGACCGAUCGACACAAAAAAAAAAAUCAACCCCUCCAGUGAUGAACGUGACACAUAUCGGGCAAUCCACAUAUCCACCCUCUGGUCUGGUCUGGUGCGGGCGGUUUGAUGGGUUCCCCCUCUCCCCCCGCCCAAAGCCGGGAAGAAAAACAGACCAGCCGGGGAGAAGCCAAUGAUUUUGUGUCGUGGGUCAAGGUGUAAAUUACAUUUUACAACUCCGAGUAUGUGUGUGUGUGUGUGUGUUAUGUGUGAAAGCUUUGCCAAAACCGUCAUAAAGCUCGACGCCUGCUGUUGUUCUGCCCUAUUGCAUUUGUUGCGUUCUGGAGGCCACCCGACCGGGACCGGGAAUGGUUAUGGUUUAGCGGUGGGUGGUGGAGCUGUGCUAUUUUUAUUUAAUAUAUUCAACACACUAGCGCAGCAGUAAAACUAUUUCAAAGGCCAUUUUAUCGGGACGAUUGAAUUUAAAUUCUGGAUUGGUUGGUUGGUUGGUUGGUGUUUUUUUUACACAUUUUUUUUUUCGUUUGAUUUUUAUACACAGCGCUGCUAAUGGGGCCCCAUGAUUUUCAUGACGCUUGGGGCGUUGGGUGUUUAAACAUCAUGGUGCUGAUCAUUACUGGACGACACUUUAAUGCUUCAACGGUAGUAAAUAAAAUAAGGUGGAUGGGUGGAGGCUCGUUUUGUGGUUGUAAUUUUAAUGUGUUUUUCUUUUGCCAUUUUAUACCAACGCUGGGAAAUGGGAUAAACGUUGUUUUAUUAUUUUUUUUUAAACGAUGAUAAGAACUGGUGCUAUCAAAGCAUUACACAAAAUUGUUCAUUCCUUAUGUAUAGCAGGGUGAAUUGGGAUUUGUGCGAUUCAAAAUUACUUAACAUUUUAAUUGAUUUACUUAAAUUACUUGCCACACUAUUUGCACUGUUAUGUUCCAUAUUGUUUCCAAAGUAAAUAAACGACUUGUCGCGGUAGUAUCCACGCAAAGAGUGCAAAGAGCAAAGUGAACAAACGGGACAUCUAUUGUAGCGAGUGCAAACAGUGUUUUGUAGACGAAUUGUAGAUACUUAAGCAUUCAAACCCGCUAGCACACAAUUGUAGAGGAACGCUGUGAAGCAUAUCGGACAAAUUUAGGCAAAACCACUUACAAAAAAGGCAUAGGAGAGCGCACACCAGAGCCAGAACCAGAGGGCUUACGCAACACAAGUUUGUAAAACUGAACACUCUUUAGAACGUUGUUAGUACAUCGAGUACAUGUCUGUCGCAGCCGCAAAUUGAAGUGAAAGUAUUGUGUACUGCAAGACGGGGUAGGGAAAGCCUUUCCAAAGGCUACACAGGGUACGGGCGUUUGUUUUGAGAUUGCAAGCAUUGCUACAACAGCAGAGUUCAAUGUUUUAGGAGAUGAUGAUGAUGAUGGACACCACAAGUGGGAAGUAUUUGAACAGGAAAAAGGGCAAGAAUAGAACAUAGAACAAAUUGCAACAGAAAAAAACAUUGGUUGUGGUGACACUUUACGGUGAUUCGAUACAAAAUAAAACGGUGCAUCUUCUACAAAGCUAAA